AUGGAGACUGCGGGCAAGUUUGUGGUGAUUUACUCGAGCGAGCAGGAGCGCUUCGUGACCCCACACGGCCUGUACCUGGGCGAGAAGGUGCCGGCUGUCGAGACGCCCGAGCGCACCAAAUCCCUCGUACAGAGGCUCGUCGAAUCCGGACAGGUGGAGGUGGUGGAGCCGCGUGCGUACCCCAUCGAGCCCAUCCUGGCCGUGCACGACGCCGACUACGUGAACUUCAUCAGGACCGUCAACUCCACGCCCAUCGACGACCCCGAGAUCCCCGAGGGCAAACCGGCGCCGGUGGCCUAUCCGUUCACCUUCCCGUACGCCCGGCCGGGUCUGUCCAAGCAUCGCUCGCGGUCGAUCAUCGCACAGAUGGGUCGCUACGUUUUCGAUCUCUCCACGCCCAUCAACUCGGACACCUACCCCGCUGCCUAUAAGUCUGUGGAAGUGGCCCUUACUGGCGCUGACAUGCUAGCCAACAGCCACCACGCCCAGCGGGACUUGGCCGGUGGCUUCUGCUUCUUCAACAACGCCGCCAUCGCCGCCCAGUACCUUCUCGACCACCCCACCGCGCCCGCGCAAAAGGUGGCGAUUUUGGAUCUGGACUUCCACCACGGCAACGGCACGCAGGACAUCUUCUACGAGACCGAUAGUGUGCUCUUUGUCUCGCUCCACCACACCCCGCACGGCGCCUACCCCUACUUCUCCGGCUUCGAAGAUGAGAUCGGCGUGGGCAAGGGCGAGGGCUUCAACAUCAACUACCCUCUCGAGGCCGGAACCGACGAGGACACCUACACCGCCGUACUCAACACGGCGUGCGACGAGAUUGCCAAGUACGGGGCGGACUACCUGGUGGUGUCGUUGGGGUUCGACACGUUCUGCGAGGACCUGAUCUCCAACUUCAAGCUGACCGAACCCUACUACGAGACGAUGGCGGCCAUCGUGUCGGCGCGCCUGCCCGGCCUGCCGGCCCUCAUCGUCGGCGAGGGCGGCUACAAGGUCGACAAGCUGGGCGUCCUCGCCCUCAACUUCCUCAAGGGCUGGAAGUCUUAA